UGUUACUUUCAGCGUCUCCGCCGAAACGGUCGCAUUUGCCGUACGGUUUUGACUUGAACUUUUCCGUAUGGAUUAAUAUCACCUAUUCUUUUCUUCCUUUGUUUUUUUGUAUAGAAAGUCUCUCUGAAGUCUCUCAUUGCGGGUCAUUAUGUUUUCGACGAGUUGUUGGAACUCUGCUUAUUGUCGAUGGCAACUUGGAUGGCACAAGAAACGCAUUCUUCAGAGUCUGGCGCAUGUUAGCAUGGUCAUGAUCCUUCCUAUUGAAGUCACAUCAUAUGCAUAUGUAUACGCAUUAAUAAUUCAGAUGAAUAUAUCAUCUAAAACUGAGGUUUUUUUUUUUUUUUUUUUUUUUUUUUUUUUAAUUCCCGCUCAACUCUGUGAUCAUGGUGAAGUUCAUUGAAGUAAAUAGUCUUGCUGUUUAUAGGAUGGAAUGGAGUGUGGAUUUUUAAGAUUAUCAAUAUUCGGGCGAC